AUGCCCACGGCGAGCGCGAUCGCGCCGCACCGCCGUCCGCUCCUCCCGUCGUUCACGUCGCGCGCGUCUCGCGUCGGGCGUGGUCGCGUCCGAGGAGCUGCGGGACCCCGUUGCUACGGCCAACCGGGCGAGCGAAACGAUCGCGGAACGCACAGGCUGUCCAUCCAGUCGAUGGGCAGCGCCGAUCGGUUGGAGGUGAUGCGCGCCAAGCCGCUGUUCACGAUCGGGCUCUUCGCCGACGCGCAGUACGCGGACAAGGACGACCACGAGCGCCCGUCUGAGCCCGGGCGCGUCAAGCGCUUCCGCGCGUCCGCCGACCGACUCGCGCAGGCGCUGGCCGACUUUCGAAGCAAGGGCGAACAGAUGGCGUGCGUGGUGAACCUCGGCGAUCUCAUCGACGGAUACAACGACGACGACGUCGCCGCGCUCGUUCCCACGCGACACGGGCCGGUCCCGGCGCACCUCGCGGAUAAAUCCCGCGCCGACCUGGCGGUGAUGCGCUCCGUCAUCCAACGCGGCGUCGGCGCCGCCACCCCCGUGUACCACUGCGUGGGUAACCACGACUGCAACCUGCCCAGGGAGGAGGUGUGCGCGUUUUUGGGAAAUCCCGCAUCAGCCGCCUACUUCGGCGUCAAGCUACCCCGGGGGUGGAGGCUGCUGGUGCUGGACACCACGGAGGUUAACCCGAGGUACGAGCAGCCGGGGUCGGAGGCGCAGGCGUACGGCGAGGCGUACGUGCGAAACGCCAAGUCGAGCGAGACGGGGGCCGACGAAAACAGCGUCAAGCCGUGGGGCGGCGGCUUGGGUCCGAAACAGUUCGAGUGGCUCCAAAAAGAGCUCGAGCUCGCGACGGAACGACACGAGAAGGUGAUCGUGGCGUCGCACUGCGCGCUGUGUCGCACGGCGGCGAGGCCGGGGAUGUCCGCCUGGGACGCGGACGCCAUCUCCGCGACGCUCGAGCGCUUCGAGUGCGUCAAAGUUUGCGUCGCGGGACACGACCACCCGGGGGGGUACGGCCGGACGCUGGUGCCGGACAGGGACGAUGCAUAUCUCACGUUCGGGCGCGUGCACUACGUGACGCUCGAGGCGAUGCUCGAGGCGCCGGAGGGUGGGACGAGUUACGCGGUGAUGGAGGUGUACGAUCACGAGAUCAACGUGGCGGGCGUCGGGUCUUGCACGUCGCGGCGGCUGAGGACGAGUAAGCGGGGGGUGUUCACGGGGGUGGCGAGUUUCGGGGAUCGGAUGGGGGAUGUGGUGGACGAGAUCAACAGCAACAACGACGGGCCGAUCGAUCGAUCGCGAGGGGGUGAUGCACCGGGUGGGUCGACGGGCGGGGACGGGGAGUUGAUCGCGUGGAUCAACAGGAACAGGGGCAAGAUGGGGCCCGACGUCGAGAUCGUCUGA